UCUCAGUUGGUGAAAGGGAGUGAAAAGCUGUUGUUAUAUGAUACAGUACAGAGUGAGCUGGAGGAGAAGAUCAGAAGGCUUGAAGAGGACCGGCACAGCAUUGAUAUUACCUCAGAGCUGUGGAACGAUGAGCUUCAGUCAAGAAAAAAGAGGAAGGAUCCUUUCAGUCCUGACAAAAAGAAGCCAGUUGUUGUGUCAGGUCCGUAUAUAGUUUAUAUGUUACAAGAUCUUGAUAUUCUUGAAGACUGGACAACAAUAAGGAAGGCAAUGGCUACACUUGGUCCACAUAGAGUGAAAACAGAACCACCCGUGAAACUGGAAAAACACCUGCACAGUGCUAGAUCUGAAGAGGGAAGGUUAUACUAUGACGGUGAAUGGUAUAUACGUGGACAGACGAUAUGUAUUGACAAAAAAGAUGAAUGUCCUACAAGUGCUGUAAUUACAACAAUUAACCAUGAUGAAGUUUGGUUUAAGAGGCCUGAUGGAAGCAAAUCUAAGCUUUACAUUUCACAGCUACAGAAAGGAAAAUACUCAAUUAAACAUUCGUAAUCAUGAUUUAAGUGUUAUCUAAAUCUACCUUAUUAGUGUUACCAAGUAUGAUGUGCCAUGGGAAUAAAAAAAUGUAUUCAUUAACUUAAUAUUCUCAUUAAAUCAUGAGAGACUGUGUAUUUAUAGGUAGUAUUCUAAGUAAACCUCAUGUUGAUAUGUUAUUAAAAGAGACAGUAAUAAAAGUUUAGUCAUGAUCAUUACAUUUAUUUGCCUUUUUGAUCCAAUGACCAAUAGGUGUAUAUGGUAGGGGUUUCUUACUAAAUUUUUUUCUUUGGUUUUUAUGUAAAUCUGUCUUACCUUUAGUGAACUGUGUUAGCAAUGGCUACAUUUAUCUGCAGUUUUCUUGAUUUUCAAGAUCUUUUCUCUGAUCAUGUAUUUGUAAAUAAGCCUGAUAAGAUGUUUCCUAUAAAUGGUUUGUAAUAGCACAUUCGUGUUAAAUCAGAAAUGAAAUUUAAACGUAUAUACGUGCAUAUGUAUAGAUGGCUUCAUCAGCUUAUUUAGAACUGAUGGCCUUACUUUACAAUCUUAUUUUACCCAAAAUUAAGCUAUUGGGCUUGAAAGCUAAAAGGAGCACUUUUAUAGACUAGCAGCUUUCCUUCUCCUCUUCCUUGAUUGUAUGGUUGUGACCUAUUUUUACAGAUCAUACUGUAUGUUGAUUAGCAAGAUUAGUGUCAAGUAAUAACAUGCUUCUUCCUGUGUUUCUUGUGAAUCUUUGGAGGGCAGGUAUUGAUGCCUGAUAUUUAUGAUACAGUAUGUAAGUGGGUGGACAGUAACUGACAGUAUUGUGGUACUUGCUAUACAUGUCUGAUCUUUUGAAACAGAUUUUUUAGUAAGCAUUUUCCAGAGGUAAAACUAGGUUCAUAUCCUAAUUUUAUUUCUAGGGCAAAAUAGACAGGGAUGAUCUCCUUGAAUCUAUUCCCAAAUUAAUACUUUUAUCUUCGGUGUUUCUACACUUUAAGGCCACUUCGUGCAAUUUAGAAAGUAUUGGCCUCUCUUCCCCUAGUCACAUUCAGAAUUAACUUUUAAAACCUCGGGAACAGUACAGAGAUUGAAGCCCUCAAUAUGGCAGCACAAUUGGCUGUAGUAUGUAUUAGGGUACAACCAAAUCAGGUAUUCCUGGCGGUCUUAUGCACUUUAAUUUCUGUUAUAUUGAGACUUAAGAGGAUGAAGAAGAGAUCUACUUGUUAACACUUAGGGCAGGAAUAUCUGCAUUUUUCCGUUUGUUUUCUCACUGUUUUACCUCUGCAGACAUCUUCCUGUGCAGAUCACUACUUCAAAAUUGCCAAAUGUUAAUUAAAAUAUUUGACUUCUGAAAUUCCUUGUCAGCAAAAUUAUGAAUGUUGUUCUGUUUCUAAUUAACCUUAGCAAAUGUACAUAAUGUCAUAAUCUGAUAGUAUUUGACAGUACUUAUGUAUACAAUGUUUCAUAAGCAUUUUUAAUAAGAUUUGUAUUUUUAAAUUUAGUAUAUAAUAAAAAGAUGUGUUUGAGUGUCA